AUGCCGUCGCACAAGACUUUUCGCACGAAGCGCAUUCUCGCCAAGAAGGCCAAGCAGAACCGUCCGAUCCCGCAGUGGAUUCGUCUCCGUACGGACAACACGAUCAAGUACAAUGCUAAGCGUCGCCACUGGCGCCGUACCAAGCUCGGCUUGUAA